GAUACAGAUGAGGGGUCCUGGGAUGGGGUUCGAGCACCUGUCAUUGAAAGAGUAGCGUGUUCGUCAGGAGGCAAAUUAAAGCGAAGUCUUCCUGAAAUGCUGCCAGGAAAGGGAAAGGUACCUGCUACCCAGAAACCCAUAUGCCUGUGUUUGCCUGAAGCAAAGGAAAAGCAGUUUGGUAGCAUGUAUCGUGGUGUUGACGUAUGUGCAUGUGUCCGUCUUCCCAGCAAAGUAAUCGCUCUUAUUUUCCCUUACAGAGUCAACUGUUCAUUUUAUUUCAAAAUUGGAGCAUGUCGUCAUGGAGACAGAUGCUCUCGGUUGCACAAUAAACCGACCUUUAGCCAGACCAUUGCCCUCUUGAACAUUUACCGUAACCCUCAAAACUCUUCCCAGUCUGCUGACGGUUUGCGCUGCGCUGUGAGUGACGUCGAGAUGCAGGAACACUAUGACGAGUUUUUUGAGGAGGUUUUUACAGAAAUGGAGGAGAAGUACGGUGAAGUUGAGGAGAUGAAUGUCUGCGAUAACCUUGGAGACCACCUAGUCGGGAACGUGUACGUCAAGUUCCGCCGUGAGGAAGACGCGGAAAAGGCUGUGAUUGACCUGAACAACCGCUGGUUUAACGGGCAGCCCAUCCACGCGGAGCUCUCCCCGGUGACCGACUUCCGAGAGGCGUGCUGCCGCCAGUACGAGAUGGGGGAGUGCACACGAGGCGGCUUCUGCAACUUCAUGCACCUGAAGCCCAUUUCCAGAGAGCUGCGGCGGGAGCUGUACGGACGUCGGCGCAAGAAGCAUAGAUCGAGGUCCCGGUCCCGGGAGCGUCGCUCUCGGUCUAGAGACCGUGGCCGUGGUGGCGGCGGCGGCGGUGGCGGCGGCGGCGGGGGACGGGAGCGCGACAGGAGGCGGUCGAGAGACCGUGAGAGAUCUGGGCGAUUCUGAGCUGUGCCGUUUUUACCGUAUGUCUGCUAGACAGUGUUGUAGUUGAUUGACCAAACCAGUUCAUAACGGGAAUUUUUUUUAAAAAACAACAAAAAAAAACAAAGAUGGGUUUCUGAAUAAAAUUUGUAGUGAUACAGUA